AUGCUCAAAGGCCUCCCCGACGGCGUGGUUAAUUUCGAGGCGCCGAGCCUUUUCGAGGAGCUGGGGGCAGUGUCCGGCCAGCUCAGCACCGGUGACUUUGCGUAUACGCAGCGAUCUUAUUGGACGUCGAACCGCAAGGCGUUGCCGCACCAGGAGGUGUUCAAGCAGUUUUUCCUGCACUGCGCGUCAUGCGACGUCUCUAAGGUGAAGCGCAAGGACCGGAGGUCUGACGAAGUCGACGACAUUGACGCAAGCGACGAAGAGGAGGAGUUGCGCGAUGUCGACGGCAUGAGCGAUGAGUCAGGGUUUGGCGAUGAGCGCAUGUCGGACGAUGUAUCGGACUCGGAGGAGUUCGACGAGGUUUCAGAUUCCGAUGGCGAGUUUGAUGACACAUCAGAUCCAGAGGAGUUUGACGAGAUUUCAGAAUCUGAAGAUGAAUUUGGUAAAGUCGCCGGUUCCGAUGAAGAGAUGGAUGCAGUUUCUGGUUCUGAUGAGGAGAUGGAUGCAGUUUCUGGUUCUGAUGAGGAGAUGGAUGAUGUUUCUGGUUCUGAUGAGGAGAUGGAUGAAGUUGCUGGAUCUGAUGAAGAUAUGGAUGAAGUUUCUGGUUCUGAUGAGGAGAUGGAUGAAGUUGCUGGAUCUGGUGAGGACUUGGGCGAAGCGUAUGAUAUAGAUGAAGAGAUGGAUGAACUGUCGGAUUUCGAUGAUAUGGAUGACUCAUCCGAUUCUGACGAAGAAAUGGGUGAAAUGUCUGAUUCCGAGGGUGGCAAUGUGGGAAGCGCAUCGUCAGAUGAGUCCGAGGUCGAUGAGACCCCUGUCAGCAAACUGAAGACCCCUAAGGCAAAGGUGCAGCCAUCUAAGGUGGUGAGUGCGACUAAACGUGAUGCGAAGGCCGCAACUAAAAAACCUUCCAAAUCUAAAACGAAGGAAAAGAAGGCUAGUAAGAAGUCGGCAGCGAAAUCGGAGGCACACAAGAGCCUGAAACCCAAGGCGCCGGAAGUGAAAGGCGCUGCAGCCAAGCCCGUCAAAGCAGAUGCAGCAAAGAGCAAGGAACCUAAAGCGGUCGAGCCAGUUGCAAAGAAACAGAAGAAGAAACAGGCUAAAGUGAGGUUCGCGGAUGACGUUGUGGAUAAGACAAGCAAGCAGUCGGUGGGUAAACGGGCCACCGUAACCGCGGCCACGCCAUCUAGCAAGAAGCAGGGCAAACAGGUUGCAGAGAGUGUUCCAAAGGACACGCCGCACCCCAAAAAGCUAAAGGAGAAGGGUAAACAGGUUGCAGAGAGUGUUCCAAAGGACACGCCGCACCCCAAAAAGCUAAAGGAGAAGGGCAAACAGGUUGCAGAGAGUGUUCCAAAGGACACGCCGCACCCCAAAAAGCUAAAGGAGAAGGGCAAACAGGUUGCUGAGAGUGUUCCAAAGGACACGCCGCACCGCAAAAAGCUAAAGGAAAAGGGCAAGAAGAAGGGGACCGCGUCGACUGUCCCGUCCAAGGCCAAGUCGCCGCGUGGAAGGGACUCAUCCACGGAGCCCAUGCCCAUAGUGGUGGAGAGCAAGCGGCAGAAACGCAAGCGUGAAGCACGCGAACGCGAGGAAGCGCAUCCGGACUACGAGAGGCGCAAGAAGGUAUCCCUGCUGCUGCAGAAGGCCACGAAAGGAAGCUUCGCCGACAUUUCAGACAUCCCCGGAAUGGACGAGUUCCUCUGA